UUUUUGUCUUAAGGGUAUUUUAGUCAUUUCAAUCCCAAAAUGGUACAUUUUAUACAUUUUUUUUUAUAGUGGGUAUAUUUUUAUUUUUGUCUUUCAAAUAGGAAAAAUACUACCCAUUAACCCCUUUUUUUUAUAAUUAGUCACCAAAAAAGAAAAGAAGAAUAGAAAAUUGCUGAAGAAGAGGAGCGCCAAUUUGGGUCCCAGAGAAGAAAGUUGUGUUGCAACAAAUUCAAAACUCCCUCUUCGCCAACAAAUUUAUCAGAAAUGGAGCGUCCGAACCCUAGAAUCGCCGUUCCAUGGUCUGAUCUUCCACCGGAACUUCUCGACAAGAUCGCCAAAAGCCUCGUGGCCGGAAUCGACGUCCGCCGCUUCCGUGCCGUCUGCCGUUCCUGGCGCUCCUCCACUCCACCCUACAAAUUCCCAACCAUCGAGCUCCCUUUCUUUGACGACCGCCGAAAUUCCAUUCACAAACACAGCGGCGCCUACUUCAUUCUGAUCGAGAGGAUCGUCUACCGCAUCCAAUUGCCAAACAGCAAAAACCCCGACUUCUGGUUGGUCAAGUUGGAGAACGUUGAUAACGACAAAGUGAGGAUCAUAAAUCCGGUGACGCACCGGAAAAUCGAGAUAUCGCCGGCGGUCGAGAUGCCGAAGGUGUUGAAUACUCUGGAUUUUCACGUGUCUGAGGUGUGCAAGGCUUACGCUCUCAGGUACGUGAAUCCUUCAAAGAAAAAUGAUGAUUAUUAUGAUUAUAGAUACGCUAAGAAAGUCGUGUUCUCUGCCAACGCGGAGACUGGCGAGUAUGUUGUGAUGAUAAUCGACCUCCGUAGUAGACUGUUGCGCAUAAGCUCAGACCGCAAGAAGUGGACUCUGUUUCAUGGUAGUGUUGGUGACUAUAAUUUUGCAGCAGCGAGAUUUUAUGAUGUUGCGAACGUUAAGGGGAAGCUGUGUGCAGCUGAUGCCUCUGGAGAUAUUUGGGCGUUUGAUUCCAAGUUUGGGUGGAGAAUAGGUAGUUACGAUGGCGAUCCCGCUUUCAAAAGACGGUUGGUGGAGUUGUGCGAUGGGGAGUUGGUUUUGGUUGAGGAAAUGGAGAAGGUCAAUGGACCCUGCGCUCUCAUUUUCCGAGUUAAGCAGCCGGUUGUAGACGUCGCCAUGUAUGCUCAGUCUAAGCUGUUGACGAAUUGGCAUGAUAUCAAGGCGAAUCACGGGUGCAUUGUUGUUGUAGGUGAUGAUUGUUCCUUCUAUAUUCCCAGAAAAGAACUCAAGGCAGCUCGGGUUUUCUACACGGAUCGGUACUCGUUUCUUCAAAAUGAGAUUCUUGCUGCCACCGGCGACUAUACCUGUUUCGAGUGUGAUUGCAGGGGGGAUGUCUGUACUUGCAUUGACGAAUUAGAAACUGUAGCGGCUGAUGAUGAGGUUGCGAACGAUGAUGUUAAGCGUAUGUUUGAAGGAUUUUGUGGCCAGGAUAUUGGUGUGUAUGAAUCGGAAACUGGGGAAACAGGGACAACACUGAUGUUCCCUGAAUAUGCAAGCAUAUUUUGGCCUCCUCCUGCAUGGCUCACCCUUGAUGCUUCUUCUUGAUCUUGAAGGCAAUCGUCGACAGCGGCAGCCUAUUGGUCGCUGUUGCUCGCCAGAAAUCAAGGGAGAGGGUGGAGGCCGGAAGUUGGGGAUCCAGAGAUUCAGGGGUAGAGGAAGGGGAGAAGGUGAAAGGCGAGAGAGAAGAAAACAGAGGCAAUCAGUGAAAUUCCUAUCGCCGCCCUCUGAUUUAGAGACAAGGGAGGCCGCGAUGGCUGCCGUUGCCAAGGAAGGAGGAGGUGCCGGAGUAGGUGUGCGUAGUGGGUUUGGGUGGCACAAUAUCUAUGUCUGGGUGUGUGCAUCCUAUUUCGAAAGAAGGGAGGGCGAAAGUGGUUGUCGGAGGUGCUGCUGAGAGCGGAGGAGAAAAAGGGUGCGACCGAAAUGGAGAGUCAUGGUUGUUGUCGGUGGCGGUAGCUUACGGUUGCUGACCGUCCGGCACACAGAGAAUGAGAGUAUUGAUGAGAGCGGCGGCCAUGGUUAGUGUUGUGGUUGCCAGAAUUCGAAAUAGGGAGGCGGGGGAAUUGGGGAACUAGGAUUUUCAGAGGCGGUGGUGUCGCUUGAUACACGGGCAGCGGCGACUGAUUUGAGCAUGCUUGUGUGGAUGGUCAUGGAGUGAGAUGAGGGAGGCACGACGGUGGCAAGAGGACGUUAUCCCGUUGGAGAAGAGAAAUGAAGAAAGAAGACGUUGGAUGGGCCCACACAGAUUAAAAAUAAAAGAAAAAAUAAUUUUUGGACGGAAUAGUGACAUACGUUAAGCCUCCGGAUGAAUUUGCAUACUAAUCAACACCCUAGGGUGUUAAAUGCGACAAAUGUUGUCAUAUGGUUAUUUUUGUCCGAAUGGGGACAACCUUGAGGUUGUAUUUGAUAUUUAACCCAUAAAAAUAGUAUUGGAUGGUCUAUAGUUUACAAAGAUGAAUUGAAAUUUUAGGAUAUUUUAGCGGCCCUUGAUAGUUUCUAUUA